AAAAGGCUAUUUUCCGUUCACCAAUUCCUUCGUGUGAUGUUAGCCAACAAGACCAGUCAAGUUGCCAUGUUUUCAUUGGUAGCAGUUGCUAUGGCAACCUACCUUCUAUAUGAAUGGAUGAAGGGAAGAAGAAGAAAACGGAUGCCUUCUCAAGAUCCUGUCGUCGUGGAAACCAUAGAUGCUUUGGAAACAGCCUUGUCCAGAAUCUCUGAUGAAACUUCAAAGUUUAAGGUGAUGAGUCUUGACUGUGAGUGGUGCAGUGAGAGGUGUGGUCGACGUCGGUCCGUUGCUCUGCUUCAGUUAGCCACAGCCAGUGGAUAUUCAGUGUUGAUUCGACUCUGUAAACUGAAAACCAACCGUCUGCCAGAAAGCUUGAAGGUUCUCCUAAUGGACAAAAGCAUCUUUAAAGUUGGCGUGGCAGUUCUUGAUGACGCAAAUCGCCUUUUUAACGAUCAUGGCCUUCUAACAAAAGGAUGUUUGGAUCUACGACACCUGGCUUAUCGGCACCUGCAGCGUGACCUCAGGUCAAAGUUCACAGGAGGUCUCGGAAAUCUAGCCAAGAUCUAUCUUGAUGAAUCGCUGGAUAAAUCAUACACCAUCCGUUGUGGAGAUUGGGAAGCAGAUACACUGUCAGCACAACAAGUGAAAUAUGCUGCACAAGAUGUACUUGUUGCCAUGGAAAUAUUCCUUGAAAUCAUUCACAGGAAGCAGGCGGUGAUCCCUGACCAACCUGAUUCAAGUUUCUGGAGUGAAGUAAGAACAAUGUGCCAGGGUCUGGUGGAUGUAAAAUAUAAAAACAAGGCCUCAGAAAGAAAGACCAACACAAACGUUCUGACUGUAGGCGGAGAUAAGGUCUUGGUCAAUAAAUCUAGCAAUGCUUACAAGCCACGGCAGACGCAGAUGUACCACAACUGCCGUUUAAUUGCACCCGAUGGUCAAAUGUUGUGCACUUGUCAUAGACAAAAAGCAGAAUGGUAUGUGAAGAAAGGAAUCGGUACGGUGGAAUGCCAGGAGCCUUUCACAGUCCGUCUGAAUUUUGAGCCGUCUGGAAUGCCGGGCUUAGAUAGAGGAUAUUACUUACAGGACAAGGCCAAUAGGUGUGUAGUGUGCGGCCGAGAAGACUCUUACAUCAGGAAGAACAUAGUGCCUCAUGAAUAUCGAAGACAUUUUCCAGAGAGGCUGAAGAAACAUACGUCACAUGAUGUUCUCCUCCUUUGUCUUCCUUGUCAUCAACUCAGUUCCAGCUACGACCGUAUUAUCCGCCAAGAACUUGUCGAGGAAUACAAAGCACCAAUCACAAACUCUACCAAUGCUCGCUAUCGUGAGGAUCCGGAGAAAAUCAAGGCUCGUUCAGCUGCGAAGGCUCUUCAGCGACACAAGAAAUUUGGAACACUUCCAGAUCAGCGUGUCACAGAGUUAAAAAAGUUCCUUUCCAAGAUCUGGAAUGUCGAGCAUGUGGAUGACGACUUAAUCAAUCAGACGACCACUAUGAAUGUGAAGUGUGAGAACGAGGAUUAUCAGGGGUCACAUGGUGAUAAGGUCAUUGCCAUGGUGAUGAAAGAAGAGAAUGGACUUGAGAAAUUUGAGCGAAGAUGGCGACAACACUUCCUGGAAACAAUGAAGCCGCAGUUUAUGCCGGCUCUGUGGUCUGUGCAUCACAGACAUACAAGUGUGGAUGUUAGCACUGAAAAUAAAAGUGUGCUAGUACAGUAAUAUCAGCAACCUGAAUCUGCCCAUCAGUUCAAAAGGUUUUUAACCCAUGAAGACAAAACAAUUGAACAUGCUCAUUGCUCAAGUUGAUUAUAGGUGAAGGGAAAUUUCAAGGACAUUGCACUUAGUGGCAAGAGGUGAAACAAAUUAAAACUCAUCUGCAUUGCUUUAUAAUAAUAUUGCUUUUAUGUUAAAGAGGAUGUAAGUUGUUAAAGAGGAUGUAAGUUGGUUUCAGUGAUCCUGUGUGUCUUUUAUUUACUGAACUUGUAGCCAAUUUAUUCCCUGUAACACGUAAAGAACACACAAAUCUGAUAUAACUGUGGUGACAAGUUGUAUUUAUUUCAAUCACCCACUGAUUAUGAAACCAUUAUUACAAAAAUAUACCCAAUUACACCAAGUGUAUGUGUACUUCCAAAAUAAUGUAUACCUUGAGUAUAGGGAAAUUAUGAGAACUUUUCAUGCAUAGCACAAGAUACAGCUCUUAAACAUUAUAGAGUCAUGCAUUACUUGUUUUAUAAAAGACAUGACAACUUUAUACAAAACAUGUAUGCAAAACACAAUUGUCCCUCUCCCGACUUCUCUUAGAGGCAAGGACUGCAGUUGGAGUGAUCAAAUGCACAUCCCGGAUAAUUUUACACCAUGUAUACAAAGUACAUGGAUUUGUAUACAGUAUGCGUUAUGCAAUGGACCAAAAAUCCACAACCUGACGCUUUAAAAAUUGAGCCAAACUUUGAGAUCUGACGAGGAGCAGUUUGGGGUGGGGCAGGCGUAGGGUGUGGUAAGGUAGGGGUGAGGGAGGGGGAUGGGCAUAUAUCUUCACUAUUAAUUUGUUUGUGCAUUUUAAAGCUUUGAUGUAAGCAGCAAUUAACGAGGUGUAUAAUGAAGUAUCAAGGAAUUUACAACUGCCUAUUUUUUUUUUUUUAUUUAUUUAUGCCAUGAAAGUGUACAGUUAACGAUAUGGAGGCACUUUGAAAUAGCAAGGUAACCUGAUGACCAAAUUAAAUCACUGAACAUCACAUUUA